AUGGCUACCUGUUCAGAUGGCGAUUUAGUCACGUUAGCUGACGAUUCUGACCUACUCCUGGCAUUGCAAUCCGAACAAACAUUAUCGAUCGAGGUUUCCAUUGAUAAUAAGGCCAUCGCCGAACUGGCCGAUAUUCAGCAGCAGAUCUCUCAGAUCCAGGCUGAUGUACAACGCCUCUCGAAAAGUCUCUCGGGUCUUAACAUAUCGAGCACUCGUGGAGCUUCGCAGUCGAUUGCAACUUCGAAACCUUUUGAACCGGCUGAGGGUCUUCCUGCUGUGGCAGGAUUUGGAGAUAAUGUUCCGCCACUUCCGGUAAAUGGCUACGAUGCCGCACCGCUGUCUCCCAAUUCCCCGGUACCAUCUGAAAAGCAUGAGCUUCCCGCUACAAUCCAACCAUCGCUCCAAGAACAGGUUUUGCCGGAUGGUCAUUCUCGACAAGAAGUGUCGGCACCGUGUGUAGAGGAGAUUCCGCUAGAAGCUGGAGCCCCAUCAGCGUUCGGCCCUCCGCCGACCGAUUUCGCUCCACCGCCAAUGGCUCCUUCCGCGGUGCAGGAUCCGCAUGUAUCUCAGCAUCAACAGCAAGGAUUCGCUCCUCCACCUCCAACAGUACCAUCGAUUCCUUCGUUCCCUCAGGCCAACAUGCCACCAGCGACUUUCUCUCCAUCUCGUCUCCCAAAUGAGCACACACCACCACAGCCGCCACAUCAGUUCGUUCCUCCUCAACAACAUAAUGCACCGCCACAGAUGCCGCCUACUAGCUUCGCGCCACCUCCACAGCAUCAGAGUUUCGGUGCUCCACCGCCACAACAAUUCGGAUCCCAACAGCAGUUUGCUCCUCCGCCUCAGCAGCCGCCUCAGCAACCUCCCACACCGCAGUCUUCUGUGUCAUCCACUCCAAUCCCACAACCAUCGCAGCAGUACGGCGUUGGUCCUAUUCCGCAGCAGUUCGUUCCACCACAACAGGCACCACAGGCACCACCUACGCAAUUCGCACCUCCUCCAAAUCAGGUUUGUCUUUUUGUGUCUGGUUGA